CAGCUGUAGCGCUCGUAGGAAACGUGUAAAUAUUAGCAAUUUUCUGCACAAUUUCGCGAAUAAAUUUAACAAAGAGAUCGAUUUUGAUGUUGGGGCUUCCUUAAGAUAAUUUAAUAAAGGGCAAUUUAAUUACAAUCAUAUGGCGGACAUGGAGUCAGAUGCAAAAAUUCCACUACCCUUGGAGCCAGUACGGUCCAACCAACUAGAAGAUAGAAGACUAUGGGUUGGAAAUCUUGAUUUAAGAAUUAAUGAUCUUAACUCAUCCUGGAAAAAUUAACUGUUUGUCUGUCAACCGGUACCAACUCCUGAAACUUGUUCAAAAACAUGGAACAAUCGAGAAGUUCGAUCUAUUAUUCCAUCGGUCAGGCCCGCAGGCCGGUCAGCCCAGAGGCUAUGCAUUCGUUACCUACAAAAAUUCAGAGGAUGCUGAGAAAGCUAAGGACACUCUACACAACCUAAAAGUUGGAGCGAAGAAUAUUGUAGUCAGAUGGGCUCAUAGUGUGAAUGAGAGUGAAAUGGAUAAACCAAAACCAAAAAUAGAUAUCCCUGCCUUAGCAGGUGCAAAAAAGGAAGACAAAAAGAUUAGUCGAGAAACGGCGAUACAAGCCAUCGAAGCCAAAUUGAAACUUAUGAAUGAAUCGGAAGAGGAAUUUGAACUGAAUAAACCAUUAGAUGGAACACCAAUAAUACAACAGUACCAGAGACCAGAAAUCCAGAAACCGUCCACCUCUACACGAUACCAUCAUAACCGUGGAGGUCGUUUUCAAAACAAUAAGCCAUAUACUCGGUCCAAACCGCGAAGAUAACUUAUUAAGUUAUACAAUAUUUAUACUUGCCAUUGCAACAGUUUCAAAGAGCCAUGACAGAUCACAAGGUAUCAUUACCCUCGUUAAUUAUUCUUGUCCUGCUACUCACUAUUUUAUUUGUAACUACCGUUUUUAUUUAUCGAGGUAACCAUAUUGUAAAUCCAUGUAUCAUCGUUACACGAUUUUAUUUAUUUUCGCUAAUAUUAGAGACUCACUCGUGUGCACGAUUACUCUUUAAUUUCUCAGUGAAAGAAAUUCAAUGAUUCCUAUUAAAGUGCAGAGAAAUAGAGUACACCGAAGAUACAAGUAUUUUAGUUAACUAUUAAUGCUAUGUAUUCUAUGUACAUUGACGUACGUGUAUUUUGAUACAAUGUUGUAUUAAAAUCUUUUUUAUUA